AUGGCUCCACGCGGCAUAUCAGCUCAGGAGCAUCCAGACAAGCCAGACUACUGCAAUGAAGCUGUGUUCCGCAGAAAUUGUCUACCCACCCGCUCUUACUUCAUCCCAGAGACGUCUUUGCUACUCAAUGGCUCGUGGGACUUCCAUUAUGCCUCGACGCCUCUAGAAGCGCCGGAACCGGAUGCCCCCAAAAACGAGUCCUGGGGAAAGAUCACUGUCCCUGGCCAGUGGCAGCUCCAGGGCCAUGGCAAACCACACUACACUAACGUGCAAUUUCCAAUUCCCGUCUGCCCUCCAUACGUCCCAACUGAAAAUCCCACGGGCACCUACAAGAGAUCGUUUUAUGUCCCAACUAAUUGGGAUGCGAGCUCCCAGCUAAGAUUGCGGUUUGAUGGCGUUGACAGCGCAUACCACCUCUGGGUAAAUGGCGUCCUUGUGGGAUACGCGCAAGGUGCCAGAAACCCGUCUGAGUUCGACGUGACAGAAUAUGUCAAUCGGGACGGUGUAGAGAAUGAGCUCUUCGUAAGAGUGUAUCAGUGGUCGGAUGCCACCUACAUCGAGGAUCAGGAUCAAUGGUGGCUCUCAGGAAUUUUCCGCGAUGUAUACCUACUGGCGCUACCCGAAACACGUAUCGAAGAUUGGUUCAUUCGGACCGAUCUUGACUCUAAAUACGAGAACGCAACUUUGCACGCGACGAUUGACACUUUAAGCAAGGGAAAGGGAACUUUGAAAUUGACACUGUCUGAGCUUGAUAAGAAUGGUGCUGGCAUCAUUGCUGAAAAAGAGGUCUCCGUCACAUCUGGGUCAUCGAAAUUAGAUUUGGAACUCGCGGUCACCAACCCUCUCAAAUGGACGGCCGAGACCCCAAAUCUCUACCUCGUGACACUUACAUUAAAUAAUUCCUCUUCUCACCCCAACAUCAUCACGCAGCACAUUGGCUUCCGUAAGGUCGAACUCAUCAAGGGUUUAAUGACCGUGAACGGCAAGCCAAUCCGGUUGCGCGGCGUGAAUAGACAUGAGCAUCACCCGCUAUUCGGACGGGCAGUGCCCCUCGAUUUCAUCCGCGCAGACCUGCUUCUAAUGAAAUUGCACAAUAUCAAUGCUCUACGCUGUAGCCAUUAUCCUUCUCAUCCGCGCAUCCUUGACAUGUGCGACGAGCUAGGCUUGUGGGUCAUGGACGAGGCCGAUCUCGAAUGCCACGGCUUCUACGACGCCGUCGCCCGUCCACUCGACAUUCCCGAGGCGAUGGACUACGAGGAGCGCAAGAAGCUGGCUUUCCCACAGGCUGCCAAGUACACCUCCGACAAUCCAACAUGGAAAGAGGCUUACAUCGACAGGAUGCGAGCUCUAGUCCAGCGUGACAAGAACCAUACCAGUGUCAUUGUAUGGAGUCUUGGAAAUGAGGCAUUCUACGGUGCAAACCACAAAGCCAUGCAUGACUAUGCCAAAGACUUUGAUCCUAGCCGCCUGGUGCAUUACGAAGGUGAUGCACACGCAGAGACCGCGGACAUGUAUAGCUAUAUGUAUCCAUCGCUUGAGAGGUUGAUCAAACUGGCGAAGGAAGAAGGCGUCGGCGCGGAUGGCAAAUUCGAGAAGCCAAUUGUUCUCUGUGAGUAUGGCCAUGCAAUGGGCAAUGGACCAGGUCUAUUCGAAGACUACGAGGAUGCUUUCAGGACCUAUCCACGUCUCCAAGGUGGCUUCAUCUGGGAAUGGGCCAACCAUGGCUUGUGGAAGGAGGAUGAAGAUGGCAAAGGCUACUAUGCCUACGGAGGGGACUUCGGGGACGAGCCCAACGACAGUACUUUUGUCAUGGAUGGCUUGUGCUUCAGCACUCACGAGCCAACGCCGGGUUUGACGGAGUACAAGAAAGUCAUUCAACCCGUCGGAUUCUCUGUCGAAGGCGAAAAGAUUAUCCUCCAAAAUCGCUACGAUUUCGCCGAUUUGAAACAUCUGGUCGCGACUUACAAAGUAGAGGAGUUCGGCAACGAAACUUAUCUGCUAGCAUCUGGCGAAUUAGAACUGCCCGACGUGGCUGCAGGCGAAGCUGAGAUUGACACUAAGAACCCUGAGAAAGCGAUUUUGAAAGCCCACACCUUCAUCAGCCCUCCGGUAUUAGCGUGGGGCUGGGACUGUGAAAUCGAAUACACCAUCGCCAACACUGGCACGCUACAGAUCGAUGUCAAGAAAUUGACUCCUACGGGGGCAUACCCUAAGCACGUUCCUCGCAUUGGUCUGAAUCUCAGAUUGAAUAAGAUCCUUGACAACGUGCGUUGGUUUGGUUUGGGCCCUGGCGAAAGCUACCCAGACAAGAAGUCCUCUCAGCGCCUCGGCAUAUGGACAGUGGGCUCGGUGGCCGACUUGCAGACGCCCUACGAGGUGCCACAAGAAAAUGGCAAUCGCAUGGAUACGCGAUGGGUUACGCUCACCGAUGCACAUGGGGCGGGUGUGCGCGCUCGGGCAGUUGGAAAAGCAGACCAUGGCUUCAGUUGGCUAGCCAGCAGGCACAGUGCCGAGACGAUCCAGGCAGCGCGACACCCACCUGACCUUGUAGAAGAAGAUGUCACUCUUCUACGGCUCGAUACUGCUGUUGCUGGUGUCGGCACGGCCGCUUGUGGUCCGGGAGUCAGGGAGGAUCAGUUAGUCAAGUGUGAAGAGGUUACAUACGGCUUCCUUUUGGAAAGUGUAGGCCUUUGA